AUGCCUUUACCUUCGAGGGAGGUCCUUACCCUCCGUUUGAUUUUUGACUGUGAUGGAGACGAAGAGGAAGAACAUGAUGCCAUUUCCAAAGAACCCUCACACCCCUCGCCGCUGCUUCGUCUGCCCGUUGAGCUUCGCCUCAAGAUCCUCCGCUACCUCCUCCGCAUAGAUCGCAACCGCAAGGCUCACACUCGCCGCCCGCCGCCAAAUAGCAUCUCCGAAUUGCUCUACCUGAAUCCAAGGCGUAUUCUCGAAGCCGCACCUUUCAAGCACAAGGGAAAUCAAGAGAUCAAUGGAAGUCCGCCAGUCAUAAACAGCUGCCACUUACACCCCGCCAUUCUGAAAACAUGCAGACAACUUUACUUGGAGGCCAAGACGGUGUUGUACAUGGAGAACAAGGUGGUUGGUCUUCAGUCGGGCAUCCGAGGGCUCGGUGCGAAGUUGAAAAACUACGGCAUCCCAGUCUUCGGCCCUUUCCCAUCGUCCAGGCUAGUCAGUGCGCCAUAUGAUGCAUCGCAAUCUUUUCAGUCCAGAUUUGACCCUGUUAUGCUUUUCAGUGGUGGCAAUACCAAGUCGGAUGCUCCCUUCUAUAUCUGCAGCUACAAGGACUCGGCGGACUUUAUGCACGCUCUAUGGAUCAUGGUCAAAUGUCCCUUUGCGCGAGGCAUGGGAUACAAUCUUUCACUAUCAGCAGAGCCACGAUAUCGUUAUGGCAACCGAACUGACAGUUUUGUAAAGUUUGCUGUUCUGCCAUGGCUGCACACACACAUCAACUCGAUCACCUUUCAUAGUCCGGCUCCAGAAACCGCAUCAGUGGGCAAGGCACAGGUAAACUCUGACACGUGCAACAGCCGAGUCACAUCUCUUCGUGACGAGCUUGCAAAACAUGUUCUCGCAAGCAAAAACGAACCCAAUCUUCACACUUACAAAGCCAUCUGUGCUUAUCUUGAGCAGGUCCUGCUUCAAGGUGAGAUUUGCGUCGAUCAAGGAAAUUUUGUCAGUGGCGAGCUGCUGUUUGAGCGCGUGUGCUACGAGGCAUCCAGUAUUGUGCGAACUCGAACAAGCAAACUAGUGGAUGUGUCCUCGAAGAGCAAGGACGGCAUUAAUCGUGUGUGCAAGCUAAUUGCAGUCAGUGCAUACAGACUGUGCGAGCUUCGCAGCGGCGCUUUAGCCCGGCUUAUCACCAAAAGACUGCAGAAUUUACAGGCGAAAGGAGCGGCUGCCGCUGAGCCAAAACGCUGUGACGCCUGUCAGGCUAUCGAAAUCCCAAAGGAAGAAGAUGGCCAAUCUUCGGAUGACUCCGCAUCAGCUGUCCACGAAGACACCCAGUCUGUCGCAUCAAGUUCCGAGACGCGAACGAGCAUCAGUGAGGAAAGCGGCAAGAAGCCUGACGACGUCUCUGCAGGCCAGCAAUCCGACCCAACACAGCUAACAACGACAGCCUUGGCACCGCAUCCGACAUAUUUCAUUCCUAGAACGACGCGUCUAGAGCCGCAACUAGCCGCCGACCUCGCGCUUACAAGCGGCCUGCUUGCGUUACGUCUGCCAUGUGCGUCGCCUGUGCCGGAAUGGAACAUUCGUCUAGACAUUAUGCUUUUGCGGCUCUUUGCUGAGAGGAAUGACAUCCCCAACGCGGUUUGGAGCAUUCGCCGCAUCCAUAGCAAUGGUGCUGCCGAGUUGCAGGGGAUGAAGCAGAAAAACAAGACGGGCGAUAAAAAGUGGCACGCCUUGAGUGACUUGGUGCAAGAAUUGGCGCAGCAGCUGAGGCCCGGUGCUGCCAGAGGUGCUUUCUUCGAGACGGCCGAUAAAUGUCAGCAGGUUGUUUCGUUGUUGUGGGGAGAACGACUGAUUCCGAAGAAGGGGUUUAAUGGGUUAAUCUGGACAUUUAGGUGGGCUGGAUGA